AGUCCUGCUGGGAAAAGAAAGGGGGUCAGAGUCGAAUUGUACGAAAGCGUAAUGGAAGUGUUCAGCUUCGGAGGAUCUUAUUUACGAUCUUGUUUUUAAACGGUUGGCUUUAAAAAAGGUGACGUUCUGCUUCUGGGUGUUGUGAGAGGAUCUUGUGAUAGAGAGGAGCGUGUUUAAUGCGGUAAAGCUGCUGAACCAGAAGCGUCGGUUUGAUGUUGAGCAUCAAGGCGUCCAGAGGACAACAACAUAGUGAGAGAGACACAGAGACACACAGAGAGGGAGAGAGCGAGAGAGAGCGAGAGAGAGAGAGACGCCGGUCCGAGUGAGUAAUGCGUCCCAUUUUUCAGCGAGAAGAUGGAUGAAAAGUCCAACUACAGUCGUGUGCUGUUCGGGCUGCUCAUGCUGCUGCUGUUCGCCGUCAUUGUGCUGCAGUACGUGUGUCCGGGCUCCGAGUGCCAGCUGCUCCGCUUGGGCUCGUUCUCUGAGCUGCGCGGCGGCGGAAGCGAUGGCCGUGAUGGUGAUCCGUACGUGGCGGAAGACGGCGCUCUGGCUCGCUUUGUGCCGCGCUUUAAUUUCACCCCGCAAGAUCUGGACCGCGUCGUGGACUUCAAUAUCAACGGCGACGACGUGAUCGUGUUCCUGCACAUCCAGAAAACCGGAGGCACCACGUUCGGCCGCCACCUCGUCCGUAACAUUCAGCUCGAGCGCCCGUGUGAGUGUCACGUCGGGCAGAAGAAGUGCACGUGCUACCGGCCGGGGAAGAAAGAAACAUGGCUCUUCUCGCGCUUUUCUACCGGCUGGAGCUGCGGACUGCAUGCAGACUGGACCGAGCUGACCAACUGCGUCCCGUCCAAGAUGACCAGCAGGGAACCUUCCCAACCUCGCAGGAGCACAAGGAACUAUUACUACAUUACGAUCCUCCGAGAUCCAGUGUCACGCUACCUGAGCGAGUGGCGUCAUGUGCAGCGAGGAGCCACAUGGAAAGCCUCGCUGCACAUGUGUGAUGGCCGGGCGCCUACUCUGGCAGAGCUCCCCAGCUGCUAUACGGGUGAUGACUGGUCCGGUUGCUCACUGGCUGAGUUCAUGGCGUGCCCUUACAACUUGGCAAACAAUCGACAGUCUCGUAUGCUGGCUGACCUGAGCCUCGUAGGCUGCUACAAUGCAUCAGUCAUGAACGAUCAGCAGCGUGGCUCCGUGUUACUAGAAAGUGCCAAGCGCAACCUCAGACGCAUGGCUUUCUUUGGCCUGACUGAGUACCAACGCAAGACACAGUACUUGUUUGAGCGUACCUUCCGCCUGGCCUUCAUUGCACCCUUCACACAGCUUAAUGGCACACGUGCCGCCAGCGUUGAUGUGGCACCUGAGAUACAGCAGCGCAUCCGUGAACUCAACGGCUGGGAUGUAGAGCUGUAUGAGUACGCUCGUGACCUCUUCUUGCAGCGUUUCCAGUAUGCAAGGCAGAAGGAGCGACGCCAGGCUCGCCAACGACGCCAGCAGGAGAGACGUAGGAUGCGUGCCAAAAUGCCACACUGGACAGAGGUAAAGGGCACUAAACCUACUAAAACCCCAACACAAAUGAGGCAGUCCCUAGCCACUAGGCUUGCUGAGCCAAAACAGGAUGUGACAGGGAAAAUGUUGGAAGAUGAUACAGGAAUGGAUUCGGAAGAUCCUUGGUGGGAGGACGAUGAUGAAAACGAAACCAUAGAGGACUAUUUGGUCAAUGUUGAGCAAUGGUGAUGACUCAUUGGGCACUGAAUAAAAAAUGGGUGGAAUUGCAGACUUUCCUAGAUUUCCACUAGGUUGCCAAGCGAUGCAACUUCUACUUCAAACCACAGAACAUUAAAUUCAUGUUCUAGAUUAACACAUGGGAAAAGUGCAUUUUUUUGGUGUCGGAUAGACACAAGUAGGACCUGAUUGAAUUAUGCUGGUGUCUGCCCUUUUUUUUGAAAAUGCCACACAAAAUCCAUGCGCACUGCAAUCGUCCCUAUGUACCAGUGUACCUUAAGAUCCGUAACUGAAUUUAUGUUUGUUAAUAAUGCUAUUGAAUCAAAGAGAUUUCUUUCUUUAUGGUUACUUUUUUGUUUGAACUUUCACUACGACAUUUGAUUGUAGGUGGCGGUGUGAUAUUUUCUAGCAUUCUUACUGUACUGAUUAUGUAGCCUCUGGCUUCAAUAUAAAAUCUUGUAGCAAAUCACAUUAUUUGUAAUUCCUAACAUAAGCUAUAUUAUAAAUUGUCCGAACAGAUAAAUGUGUGAAUAUUCUGUUAACCGAAUGCAAUUUGUUGCUACUCAAAUAAAUUUUGAUAUUAAUUGUA